AUGGACAACAAAGUUCAUGGCAAGACAUUUGUAAACCUGAAAUGGCCAGACCUCAGUGAGCUCUUAUCUGACUUUAAUGAUAAGAAAGAAUUAUGGGAUUGUCAUGAGGAAAUGAGGAGAAAUUUGGCUGCAUUAACAUGCUCGCCUGCUAGUACAGAGUCAGUGGAGAGCGACACUGAAGAUUCAUCAUCAGAUUUGGGGCAAGAGCUAACACCCAUAGUCCCAAAAUUAAAGAGAAUGAGCUCAAUUGUUCAAGGACCAAAGGCCAAGAAAAUUGCUGUAUCAACUGCCCAGAUCCAACCCAGCUCUGUUGACCUAAAGAGCUUUAAGUUUCCAAUGUCACCAGAAUUAAAGGAGUGUGUGAAGAAAGGGGGCCCUGUUCCUGAUCACCUAAGGCGUCAACUUAUUAGAGAAUGUGUGACAUGUCUAAAAGCUGAAUGUGGGGAGUCCAUACCAAAUGAUGCAUUCAAGAUUGCUAGCAAGGUGAUAUGUGCAGAAGUUCCUAAGCUGAAAGAUGUACAACCUCCAAGGUGGCCAGAGGGUGUCAAAUUUGAGUAUUGGACCUCGGUGUGGUAUAUGUUGAAGAAAAGAUACAUGAACAUCAGGCCCCGGAAAAGUGGAGAAAGCUCCAAAUCUAAAAAAGGCCAACAAUGUGUACUUGAAGUAUCUGAAAAGGAUAAUGAAAGUCUGCUCAAGGAGCUAGAAAAAGAAGUUUGUGGAAAAAGGAAGAAGAAGGAAGUUAAUUGGGAAUCUGUAAAGAAACUACAGAGGUUGACAUUCUCCACCAGAAAAGAAACCAUAGAGGACAUCACUGGAAAUAAUGUUGUGUCAACAAUAUUGGAGAAGUUUCCUUUUCUCGACAAUGAAACAUGU